AUGUCUAUACACGAAUAUUUUGAAAGGGCAUCGUCAAAGUGGAAUGUUACUGAUUUCUUGGAAGAGUGCGACCUAGAACCAUACCACCGUAAAAUAGAAUCAUAUAUAUCAUCUCUUGAGAUUAUUGCUGACAUAGAGAAAGGCAAAAGAAGGGAUAAGGCACGUCUGUUGCUAAAUAACUAUAGGAAGGCAACCACAAAGCUAGUGUUGGGGCAUCAGGAUAAACGGCCCGAUUAUAAAGUAGCGCAAAAAUGGAAGGCAACUAAGAAGCACAAUUCAGCCAGUGGACCCUCAUUUAUAAUUUCGGGCACUGUAGUUGGACCUGUUGGGGGCACUGUAGUUGGACCUGUUGGGUGCAAUGAAGGAACCCUUAAUUCCGAGAUUGAUAAUUUCUUUCAAGGACCCUCUGAACAAAAAAUAACAAAUCCGAUUAAGCAACGACGAAAAUCGGAAAACAUAAACAAUAAACGAGAAAUUUCCAAUGAAACAGAUAAAGAAGAGGAUGAGACCGAGCCUGAAGCCGUUUUUAUAUCUGAUGAUGAUGAUAAUUCGGAUUACAUAUUAAGCGAUUUUGAAGAUGAAAUCCCUCUCCCCCAAUUGUUGUUGUCAGCACAACUCAGG